AUGUCAAAACGUCAUCUUUCUGUUCAAAAUAAAGGAGCGGAACAUGAACAACAACAACAAUCAUCAUCUGUUCUAACACGUUUAUCAUCGAAACGUGCUAAUACUAAUGAAUCAAAUUCAACAAAAAAACCCAAAAUUGAAGAAAAAUAUGUUGAUAAAGAAAAUAUACCAAAACGUCAAACACGUCAAAGUACGAAAACAAAAGUACCAGAACGUUUACCAUCACCACCACCGCCACCACCACCACCAGUACUAUCACCAGUAAAAAUCAUCGAACCAGUACUUGAUAACACUACUGAUGAUAGCGAUGUUGAUGAACUGGAAGUCGUUAGCGACAACGAAGAAGAACAACGACAAGCAGCUGAUGAUAAUGGUAAAGAUCAUCCAACAAAUAAACAAUAUGUUAUUUAUGAAAAUGCUGGUCCUAAAAAUGAACCAUUUAUAAUAUCUAAAACAGCUCGUUUUUGGAAUCAAAAAUAUCGUAAAGUUCUUCGUCAUGUUAAUCCAGAUGCAUUUGGAAUGUAUAUUCAUAAUGAUUUUAGUUGUUAUGGUGAAUUAGAAGUUGUUGAAAAUUGUCUUCUUGAUAUAACAAAAGCUAUUUUUAUUGUUCAACAAGGUAUUUUAGCAAGAUUAAAUCAUGUACGUAAACCAGCUGAUAAAAUAAAUUACGUUCUUGGAUUUCGUCGUAUUGAAGCAUUAAGUAUUUUACUUGAUUAUACAGAUGGAAUUAGUGGUAUUGAUGAUGGAGAACGUUUUGGUGAAAUUAUGCGUGUUAUUGGUGCUUGUUAUGUUACAAUUCUUCGUGGUUUAUUACCACAGAUCAUGUUCAAGAAAGUUGAAAAUACCGAUAAAAAUUUAUUAAAAAAAUUAAAUACAGUUUCAAAACAAAUACCAAAUUUUAAACAAGUUUUAGAACGAGCACUUGUUGUUGGUUAUAAUUUUUUAACAAUUGGCGAUGUUUGUAGCGCUUAUACAAAUAUUCUUCAAACUGUUUAUUGUAAUUGGGUUUUUAUUAUGGAAAAAACUUCAAUUGAUUUCAAGAAAAAACCAGCCGAUUUCGAUCAAGAUCUUUGGAAUGCAUUGAAACAUGCAGCUUCAAUUGAUAAAGAUGAAAUUGACUGUGGUGAUACAGAAACAUUCGAUUUUAUGAAAGAAUUACGUUCAUACAAAGGACAAUAUGGUUUAGGUGGUGAUGCACAUGAUUUAAGCAAAUGGACACGUAGUGACCGAGCUGCUUAUUCAUUAGAUCGCUUCAAUACUUUAGAUAGUCUUUGGUUUUAA